AACCGUGGCCAUUACCUUCUUAUCGCAGUCCCCAAUCAUUUUGAUCGCAGGUUCGGGCGAAGAGGAAGAAGCAGCUAUGUUAAAGUUCUAAAUAUCGAAUUCAAUGCCUUAGAUCCACGCUUAUCAUCUUGCAUGGAGUUCUUAGCGCAGUGUAAUGCUCGCAAGGCCAAGGAGUCGAACCCCGCUUGCCAAUUGAUCGUCAAGCGCCGAACCGAUGACCACCCGCCCCAGAUCGCCGUCGCCUUUGUCAACGGAGUCGAAGAGGUUUUUGACGGUACAUCUACUCCUUCUCAAACAAUCAGGAAUAUGAUUCUUGAAAAGGGCCAACUCCUUGAGACCGAGCAAAUGUUCCGAGAAGCUGGGGAAACUUGGCCAGUUAUCAUUCCCGAUGAAGAGCUCAAUCAACCCGCUCCCAGUAUCAAGUCUAGAAAAAAAGCAGAAGACAAGCAGUAACUUUAGAUGUGAAAGGAUUCCGAAUCAAGAUCUAAAUAUGGCCUGUGAAUCCUGAGUUGGUUUUCAUAAGUCAUUUGUUUAUGAGAACUUGUUAUACCAGUACAUGCUCUAUAACUAGUUUGAAAUUGACUGGAAGGGGUUUGUUACGCCGUGCUCGUGCUCGUGCUCGUGCUCGUGCUUUCAGAAAUAUCGGAAAA